AUGGAUUUGUCCAAAGUACCAAAUAUUGACCAAAUGAAGGAAAUCAAUUUAUCUGCAAAUAUUAUCUAUAGGAAUUUAGUUGAGAGUGGAGUAAAUACUGAAAUUUUAUCAGUUCCAAUUAAUGAACCAAAUAGAGUUCAAGAACAUACAAGUUUCUUGUCAACAAUACAGGGAUCUGAUGACAAUAUGAGGGUUGAUAGGUUGUUAACUAUAGUUGCACAGCAAAAUUCUGAAAGGAUAUUAAAUGUUAUUGCCCAGCAAAAUGGUACUGAUUCUCACCACUAUUCAAAGCAAAGUAGCCAUAAAAAUAAGAUCCUAUUGAAGAGAAAAAAGAUCGUAUAUAUUACUGCAGGUUUUAAUGGUUGUACUUCUGAAAAAACAUGCCCGGGAAUUGUGAGCUUGAAGAAAGACAUUGAUAUCUACUUCAUUUCGUUAUCAAAAGAUCCAAGCAUGUAUCACGAGAUUGAAUAUAUUUCAUCUGAGCCUGUUUCAAUGCAUUCUAUUAUGAUGAGCAAAUCAGAUCUGAGCAAUGAAGCGACCCACAUUUCUAAAUGGAUUAGAGAUGAGUAUAGGUUUAACAACCCAAUGUUUUUGAUGCCAAAAAAAGUCAAAAAAAAUUUCAAGAAUGAAGUCUGUAGUAAAUGUUCCAAGAAUGCAGAAUGUUUCGUACAUUCCAUAUUUGAAACAACACACGAUUUAAGUAAAUUUGAGUGUGUAUGUUCUCAAGGAUGGACUGGUGAUGGAUUCACAUGUCAUGAUAUAGAUGAAUGUAAAAUGGCUAAUUAUUGUGGUAAAUCAAAGUGUUGUAUAAAUACACCUGGAGGAUUUGAGUGUAAAGAUUCCAAGAAUGGAAAGUGUUGA